AUAUGCACAAGUACCACCCUUUUAUCUUCGUAUCCAAAAAGAGUCUCUGAUCAUUUCCCUCUUAAGACGAAAUAGUUAUAGGAAAAGAAAUUAAGGUCUUUUUAUAUUGGACGGUCAGCUUAGGAAGAUGAAGAAGAGGCAAGCGGUGAUAAAACAAAGAAAAAGCUCCUACACUACCUCUUCUUCCAGCAACGUACGUUACGUUGAGUGCCAGAAGAAUCACGCCGCUAAUAUCGGCGGCUACGCCGUUGACGGUUGCCGUGAGUUUAUGGCAAGCGGUGGCGAAGGAACUGAUGAUGCUUUGACGUGUGCUGCUUGUUGUUGUCACCGGAACUUUCAUCGGAAGGAAGUUGAAACGGAGGUUGUUUGCGAGUAUUCUCCUCCGAGUUGAAUCAACUAUUUAACAAGGAUGGGGAAAAGAAUAAAAAAAAAUACAACAAGAAAGGUAUUGUUGAUUUUUAACUAAUAAAAGGAAACUUUUUUUUUGCUUUGGAGUUGAUCUAUUGAGUUUUUCUUUUGGAGAGCUGUAUUUAUGUAUGUAUAUGUUCACAGAUGUUUAUUCAUCAGAUACUUACAUUUACGCCGAUCUAUAUGAUUAAUGAUUCUUAAAUCUUGAUGUGAUGGAAUGCUAUAUAC